AUGUUUGGGAUUCCCAAGUUCUUCGGCUGGAGAGGCAGAUCCCUUAACUUGGCCAUUAGUUCCCUGGGUAGUCUUGAUUUUCUGCUUUUCGGAUAUGAUCAAGGUGUCACGGGUGGUCUGCUUGACCUGCCAGCUUUUGUGAAAUAUUUCCCCAGUAUCGAUACCCGAGAGCCGGGCAUCAGUGAUGCCGUGAAGUCGGAGCGCAGCUCAACCCAGGGAAUCGCAGUCGCGUCAUACAAUCUAGGAUGUUUCCUCGGUGCUAUCAUAACUAUCUUCAUUGGCAACCCGCUCGGCAGACGCAGGACUAUCUUUCUGGGAUGUGUGACCAUGGCGACUGGGGCUUUACUGCAGACUACAGCAUAUCAUUUACCACAUCUCGUGGUCGGUCGAAUUGUCACAGGUAUCGGAAACGGCAUGAAUACGAGUACUGUACCCACCUGGCAGUCCGAGUCUUCCAAGGCUCACGAUCGUGGUAAAAUGGUCAUGAUUGAGGGUAUGCUCAUCACGGCGGGUAUUACGCUGAGCUACUGGAUUAACUACGGCUUCGCUCACAUCGGAGACCACGAGGUUGCCUGGCGUUUCCCUAUCGCUUUCCAGAUUAUAUUUGCGGUCAUCAUCUUCUGCUCCAUUCUCAAUCUACCCGAAUCUCCCCGUUGGCUUGUCAUGCAAGGCCGCAAUGAUGAGGCCCUGGAGAUCUUGGAGGCCUUGAAUGAGAAGCCUCGAGAUGACCCUUACAUCCUGAACGAGCUGCACGCUAUUCAGGCUACGGUCAAGGAGAUGUCCAAGGGCUCAUACCGCAGUCUGUUCGAUAUGAGCGAGUACCGCGAAUUCCAUCGCGUCGCAUUGGCUUAUAUCAACCAGAUGUUCCAACAGAUUUCCGGAAUUAAUCUGAUCACCUACUAUGCUCCUCAACUAUACAAGGAUAUUGGUCUCGGCAAGGGCCAGCAACCGAAGCUUCUGGCCGCAUGCAACGGUACCGAGUACCUCGCGGCAGCGUUUAUUCCAAUCUUCAUCAUUGAGAAGGUCGGGCGUCGCCCGCUAAUGCUUUUCGGAGCUGCUGGCAUGUCCAUCUCCAUGGCUGUCCUUGCCGGUACCAACUAUCGAUUGACCCAUCUGGGCGACACCCAAGCUGGUAUCGGACAAGCUGUGUUCCUCUUCGUCUUCAACACAUUCUUCGCGAUUGGAUGGCUCGGAAUGACCUGGUUGUACCCAGCUGAGAUUGUGCCCCUACGUAUCCGUGCGCCGACCAACGCGCUGUCGACCAGUGCUAACUGGAUCUUCAACUUCAUGGUCGUGAUGAUCACACCUGUCGCAUUCGACAGUAUCGGCUACAAGACCUACAUCAUCUUCGCUGUCAUCAACGCGUUCAUGUUCCCCUUCGUGUACUUCUUCUUCCCCGAAACCCGCUACCGGUCCCUUGAGGAAAUGGACAACAUUUUCAAGAAAUCAACUAGCAUAUUCGACGCCGCGCCCAUCUCCAUCAAAGAGCCCUUCCGCUACGACAAACACGGUCAACUCAAGCCCGAAUACCUCGAAGAGGCGCUCCGACGCACCAGCACUUCGGUGCACGUUGCUGGACAAAAGAUGGACAGCGAUGAGAGCGUCCCCGAAGUAAACGAAGUGAAGGGUUGA